UUAUCGUGUGAUAUAAUCAUUGCAAAUACCGGACUAACUGUCUCGUGAUCUCGUGAUGGUUAGUGCGAAAUACUCGAAGCUACAUGAAUCGGAAGACGACGGUCUGACAUUAUCAGAUAGAUAUUUCAGAAGAGGCGGUUUCUUUGGCAAAAUGUUGAAAGGAGGAGCUGUAUUUUUACUCGUCGGCAUUUUGCUGGCAUUGUGCAGCAGCAUAUUCGUGGACGGGUUUGGCUACCCGUUACAUGCAUCAUGUAAAAUCGAUUGGGUGUUUGGAAUGAACUGUUCCUCGGUUUCUAAGGCUCUCGAGCAGCAGAUCGCGAAAUGGAGCACAAAAGAUAAUUGCGCUGACGGAGGAGAGAAAUGCCUCUACAAACUUGUAUCCUCCAAUGCUACGACCCUACUCGCCACUCACGAGACACCGGAGAACCACUACUUUGAUGACCUCAGCUUCCAGUUUACAAAGGGCUCUGAAACCUGUAAAGUUUAUGGAUUUUCAACGUCAGAAACAUGGUAUGCCGUGCUGGACAAAGGAACCAACUACUGUAAUCUUCACAACUUGAUCACAGGAAGCGGUUUGAACAAUACACCUGGCUACAAAGAAACGACAACGGACAAUAUCUGUACUCAGUUCUCGUCUGCAGAUUGUGAUGUUUAUUGAGGGACUCGCUAAAUCACAUAUGUUCCUUCACAUCACUUAAAAGCAUGGAACACUGACCAGUCCAACUGAAUAAAAGAUGUCAUCGAAUAUAAGGGUUUACACCUAGCAAAUUAUCUCCGAAAUUUAAUUUCACUUGUUUUUAAUAAAAGAUGCACCUAUUUGCUGAAUAUAAUCUUGCAAAGUACUAAUCAGAGCACAAAUCAUGGGCAUACAUUGUCUGCAUUUUUCAAAAUUUCAUACUUUUUAUGUGUUUUGUUGUGCAAAUUUCUUCCUUUUGCUGGGAAAUUGAUCAUUUUACCGUGCAAGGAAAGCAGCACCAAGUGAUGUCAUUAAAUUAUGUAUGAUUAGUCAAUUCAUAUAGAUCAAAUAUAUGAGUAAGAGAUAUAUACAUGUAGAUUUAUUCCUUAAAGGUUUGACAUAUAUGUAUAUGUAUGCAUUGAUUGUAGCUAUAAUUCAUGCUCAAUUUCAAAUGCAAAAAAUUCUCGUUUUAAAAAUUUGUGCAGUGAUCUAUGCCUGAUACUCAUUCUAAUAAAUAAAUGUAGCAGUAAAUGCUAGAAAUAUUAUAGCAAUUACGAGUAAAUUCCAGCAAUGUACAGUCAAACCUGUCGUAGUGACCACCUCUAUAUAAAGGCCACCUGUGUAGUGGUCUCCUCCUCUCUAAGAGAAAUGUGUGGAGUAAAAUCUGUCUACAAAGGCCACCUGUCUACAGUGGCCUCUAUUGUUAACCUUUUAUGCCUUUAGGCUUUAUAGACAGGUUUGACAAUUUAAAAUUUUCUAGUUGACUUGACAUUUUGAAUAGAGCAGAUCUGGAAUAGAGAAAUAAGUUGUAAUACUUUUGGUCAAUUACUUAUAUUGACUAUUUUUAUCAAGGAUUUCACUUGAUAACAUGUUUCUUUUUUUCCUCACUGAAAUGUUAAGUACUUAAGAUUGUUUAUCAGAGAUUGUACUUACAUGUAGACUGUAACAAUUGUUAGAGGUGCAGGGUCAGUUAAUGAAUUUAGCCUUCCAAAUUUCAAUACAUAAUACAUAAUAUACUGUCUGUAACAUUUAGCAGAAACAUAAGUGAAUUUUAGUGUAAGAAAAUAUCAACUUCAUUAUGUAGUCUACUUGUGUUGUUUGUAAUUCUUUUCAUAUAGUUUUAUAACAAAUAAAAGUAAAUUCAGAUUACCUAGAUUAACUUGUCUCAUAUUUAAGAAAAAAACUUCAUGCACACAUAAUAACUACAUCAUCAUUUUAUGAUGCACGAGUUCUUGAGCGCGCUAAUUUUCAAUUUUUUAAAGACAUGUUUUUUUUAAUUACCGGUAUUCAUUUAUUUAAUUUUCAUAUUCUUGUUCAUGUGAGCCUGUGCAAACAAGAUCUGAACUUUUACUAGAUCCAGGCAAUAUAAAUAUGUUGUAUUACACUUUAUUUUAUUAUUGUUAUUUCCACUUUUUUAAAAUUUUAAAAAUCAUAAUAAUAUCAAUCAAAGUAAUAAUAAUUAUUAAUAUUAUCAUUAUUGUCAUGUAUUUACAUUUCGGUAGGUCAGAAAUUACUUUAUUAGGAGGAGUUGAGAGGUAAGAACGGAAUAUGCAAUGCAUGUGUAGUGUAAAUGUCAUUAGAAUUCAUGAAUAUGUUUCUUAUAUUAAACAUUUGGUACAAUUAAUAAAAACAUUAAGAAUUGCA